UUCAAAAUGGCGGCCGCGGCUAUGGUGAGGUGGUGGGCCUUUUUGCUGUUGUCCCUGCUGCCUGUGAGCCGGUCCUUCUAUGUUCCUGGAGUAGCUCCACGGAAUUUCAAUGAUGGCGACGUUGUAGAUAUCAAGGCGGUAAAGCUGACCAGCUCCCGUACCCAGCUUCCUUAUGAAUACUACUCCCUGCCAUUCUGUAAACCAAAAAAGGUCUUCUACAAGGGAGAGAACCUGGGUGAGGUCUUACGUGGAGACCGCAUUGUAAACACCCUUUAUAACGUGGAGAUGAAUAAAGACAAGAAAUGUGAGCUGGUAUGUGAAAAGAGAAAGCUCAGCAUAGACGAGAGUAAGCUGAUGGCUGAGCGAAUCCAGGAGGAGUAUUAUGUUCACCUUAUUGCAGAUAACCUUCCAGUUGCCACCAGGUUAGAGUAUCCAAGCAGAGAGGGAGGAGAAGAGGAGGAUCAGAAGAAGGACACGAUAAAAGAUGUCCAGUUUGAACAUGGUUACAGAUUGGGCUUCUUUGACAAAAACAAGUUUUAUCUGCACAACCACUUGUCCUUCAUCUUGUACUUCCACAAGGAGAAACUGGUGGAGGGGGACGUUCAUGACUACAGGGUGGUGCGAUUUGAGGUUAUACCCCGGAGUGUCAAAGUAGAAGACCUGAAGCCUGCAGAGUCGCUGAAGACCUGCACCCUACCUGAAGCCAGUGGCUCUGCCGCUCAAGAGAUUGACCCUACCAAGGAGAAUGAAGUCCUGUUCACCUACUCUGUACACUGGGUGGAGAGUGAGGUGAAGUGGGCGUCUCGCUGGGACACAUACCUGACCAUGAGUGAUGUCCAGAUCCACUGGUUCUCCAUUGUUAACUCUGUGGUGGUCGUCUUUUUCCUCUCAGGUAUUCUGAGUAUGAUCAUUAUCAGGACCUUGAGGAAAGACAUUGCUAACUACAACAGAGAGGAUGACAUAGAGGACACCAUGGAGGAGUCGGGCUGGAAGAACGUCCACGGUGAUGUGUUCAGACCACCUCAGUAUCCCAUGAUCCUCAGCUCUCUGCUGGGUUCAGGGAUCCAGCUGUUUUGCAUGAUCCUCAUUGUAAUCUUUGUUGCCAUGUUGGGCAUGCUGUCUCCAUCAAGUCGAGGAGCCUUGAUGACCACUGCCUGCUUCCUCUUCAUGUUUAUGGGUGUAUUUGGUGGCUACUUUGCUGGCAGACUGUAUCGCACACUGAAGGGUCAUCGAUGGAGGAAAGGAGCAUUCUGUACAGCAACUUUGUAUCCUGCUGUGGUUUUUGGGAUCUGCUUCAUCCUCAACUGUUUUAUCUGGGGCGAACACUCGUCUGGAGCGGUCCCAUUCACUACAAUGUUGGCCCUACUGUGCAUGUGGUUUGGCAUUUCCAUGCCCUUGGUCUAUCUUGGCUACUACUUUGGCUUCCGCAAACAGCCGUAUGAUAACCCUGUACGCACCAACCAGAUCCCUCGGCAGGUCCCAGAGCAGCGCUGGUACAUGAACAAGUUUGUCGGCAUCCUGAUGGCUGGGAUCCUGCCGUUUGGUGCCAUGUUCAUUGAGCUCUUCUUCAUCUUCAGUGCCAUCUGGGAGAACCAGUUUUAUUACCUCUUUGGCUUCCUGUUUCUGGUCUUCAUCAUUUUGGUGGUGUCCUGCUCUCAGAUCAGCAUUGUGAUGGUUUAUUUCCAGCUCUGUGCAGAGGAUUACCGGUGGUGGUGGAGAACUUUCCUGGUUUCAGGCGGCUCGGCUUUCUAUGUCCUUGUUUACGCCGUUUUCUACUUUGUCAACAAGCUGGACAUUGUGGAGUUCAUCCCCUCCCUUCUGUACUUUGGCUACACCGCCCUCAUGGUCCUGUCUUUCUGGCUGUUAACGGGCACAAUUGGCUUCUAUGCCGCCUACAUGUUCAUCAGGAAAAUCUACGCUGCGGUGAAAAUCGACUAGUUAUUGCUGGUGCUGCUGUUUUUGGUUUAUUUUUUUUUCUUUUCUUUAUUUUGGUAACAUUCUAAAUAUAUAUAAAAAUGUUCUUCAUGUCCAACAAGCACUGACUUGAGUGCAGAAGGAAUGAGAGGGUUGCUUUCUACAGUGCAUCAGUCGCAACUGCUGGCCUCACAAUAAAGAAAAGCAAGGUGGCAGAUCUAAAACAGCUGUCGCCUUGCUUCUGCCUCCCUCCUCCUCCUCCUUUCCAGGACACCUAGAGGAUCUCUGUUCUGCCGGGACUAUUAAUGUCCUCUGCUGUUUCACCUUUUUCCACAAAGACAGGGGGCCAAAGCUUGUCAAACAAGGGUUUCUGCACAUUUUAUCUUUUUUUUGUGUGUGUGUUUGUGUGUGUUUUUUGAUUGUAACUUAUCCAGGUUUUUAUUUUUGUCUUCAUGGGAUUUAUCUGUGUCUUGAUUUCUAUUGGUCGCCUCCCAGGAGGCUACUUCCUUCUGGUUUCCCCACGUAAAUUCUGUUUCUACACUUUCUGCUGUCUCCGUUUUCAGACGUGACCUUCUUUUCAGAGACUUUACAGAUCAGGAAAGGAUUGAGGAUCGUUUCUGUGGUUCUGUUGUUUGUUGUGUUGAACUCAUGGAUGGAAACCACCCUGGGAAGUUCUACAUUGUAACACAAAAAUGGAUAAAUUAAAUCUUCUAUUGUUUUUUUUUA